AUGUUCUCGGAAUAUGCCUCACGCUUCCUCGCUCAGUCACAGUCGCGAGUCUCAUCUCGCCCAGACGAGCUUCAAAGAACCGGUCGUGCUCCUCCAAGUCAACGCCAAGGCAGCACACGACACCCUUCGUCGCGCUCUUUUCUAAGAAGCGGUGACCCGUAUCGACCGGGUGCCUCUCAGAUCUCCAACUUCCCAUUUGCGUCGCGAGUAUCGGCUCAACCGGCUCCUUUAUUCUACAGCGCGACCGACGAAUUUCGGGAAGAAGAUGACGAGACUGAGCGGGAACGAGAGAUUGCGGACUUCUACGCCUUACAACGUUCAAGGCGACAUUUCGGUGACAGCAACUUGAGAGAAUCUUUAGAGAAUGACGAAGAUUCGAACCACUCCGUGGAUUUAGAAGACGGCCAAUCUCGAUACGAUGAGCGUCCUGGCAAUGGGAAGGGCAUCAAGAGCUCGUGGCGAGGUGAGAAGAGCAUACCAGCUCCCCGCCAAUCUCGAAUCGCGACCGUGGAAGAAGGAGUGGAACAAGCACCCGACUCCUUCGCCAGUCCUAGCAGUAGAGCCAGAGGAAAUCUAGUGGACGUGGGGUUAGAGGAUUCCUUUCGAGGUGGGCUCGAUGAUACCGAUCGUAUGCCGUCUGAGAUCAUUGGUGACGAACCGCCUAUUCAACGAUUUCGAGAAGGUCCUUCGGUCAAAGAUGACUCGUUCGGCUUCAACGCAUCCGACAGCCAGGCAGACCAGACUCAACCAUUAUUCUCUUCGGAAGCUCCGCGACGGUCGAGCUCUACGAGUUCCUUACCCGCAUCGAUCUCGCCUCUUACAUCCGAGACCACCAUGCAUGAUGCCUUUUGGGGCCAACUAUUCUUAAUCGCUCUUGCAGGGUUAUUCGCGACUGCUUUUCUGGUUUAUCUCCACACGUCAGCCCCGUCUUCUGGUGACAAGUCACAAUGGGGGGACACCAUCUACUUCACCGUCCACGGGUCUUAUUUUCUGCUAGGCAUCUAUACUCUCGUAUCGAUUUUCGUCUCCCUACUCUGGCUGGCCCUAUUACGAUCUUAUGUGCGAAUCUUGGUCUACAUGAUCGUCGUUGCGGUGCCUAUCAUUCUAUACUCAUUCUCUUUGUACCCUUUCAUCUCAAGCUUUAGGGGUGCAUGGAAUGGGACCAGCUUCCAAGACAGAGUGAUGCGAUGGGGCUCUUUGGUUCCUUUCGUGAUGGCGAGCUUAUGGAUUUACAACGUUAUCCGAGGGCGUCGAGCAAUCGGCAAGGCAAUCGGUGUGCUCGAGUUUGCAUGUCGUAUCCUGGCUGCAAACCCAGAGCUACUUGCCCUCGGCCUCAUUAUCCUUGCUUGUGUCGUCUCGUGGACAUGGAUCUGGAUGCUCAUGUUUACCCGUGUGUUCCUUGGCGGCCAUCUAUCAGGAUCGAGAUCCUUUAUCAUCGAUCUGAGCAGCUGGUGGCUCGGUGUCUACUUUGUGCUCAUCUAUCUAUGGUCUAUCGGAGUGAUUGCAGGAAUCCAGCGUGCCGUGACCGCAGCAACAGUCAGCCAAUGGUACUUCCACCGCCUCGCGAGCCCGGCACCUACAUCGAGGCAGAUUGUCCAGGCAGCAAUCGUCCAUGCUACUAGUACGUUGUUCGGCACGAUCAGUCUAUCGCGUCUGCUCGGGCUGCUCAUUCGUCUACCAAUUCUCCUUCUACCCAGCCGACUAUCUUCAAUCAUCAGUCUCUUUGCAUACUCCCUUAUUCCUACCCCCAUUGCGUAUCUGACGAACCCGCUCUCUCUAACGUAUGCUGCGAUCCACUCGCAGCCGUUGGGAGCUUCCGCGCGAGGCCUGAGCCAAAUGGCCCUCCUCGCACCAUCAGCAGCUUCAACGUCUCUCCACCCCGGCGCCUAUUCUCGCUCACCAGGAGGAACCUCUUCUCUUCUUUCCUACCGGCUUUCGAAACUGAUCCUCCAUGCUACCCGCUUCAUGAUGUCUCUAGCCCUCGGUUUCGGCGGCUGGGUCACAACGGCUCGAAGUCUGAACACGAGUGGUACAAUUCGCGGCAGUAUGUAUGCUUAUGUAGUCGGCCUAAUCGCAGCAACGAUUGGCUGGAGCAUAUUGGGUGCCAUGGAGAGUGUCAUUGCAGACAUCGUGGAUGCCGCCGUGAUAUGCUGGGCAAGCGAGGUCGGCGUUUAUGGACGGGAAGCUCGAUAUUGUCGCGAGGCGGGAUGGUUGUUUGGAGAUUCAAAUCCGGAUUUCCGACGCGAAUACGGGGAAGUCUAA